AUGAAAAAAUUAACUUUCAUCUUCAGCCUAUUGGCUCUUGUUGCACAUUUUACGCCCAGUGAGAAUCAAAGUGUUCCCAGGGGACCACAUCUACCCAGAGAGCAACCAUCAUCUCCUCUACCCUACAAGUCAAGAAGAGUUUUAUCUUCUCUUUCUCCUCCCAAUGGUCCAGGACUUGUUAGACCACCACCUCAUCUUGGUCCUCGAGGGCACGUGCCACCUCCUCUUCCUCUUGGGAGAAAAGGGCAAGCUGCACCUCCUCCUGGUAUGAAAAGGCGCCCUCUUCCACGUACUCCUCCUGGUACAAAAGGGCGCCUUCCACAUCGUCCUGCACCUGCUCCUUCUCCUGGCACAAAAGGGCGCCUUCCACGCCCUCCUUCCCCUCCUGGCACAAAAGGGCGCCUUCCACGCCCUCCUUCUCCUGGCACAAAAGGGCGCCUUCCACGCCCUCCUUCUCCUCCUGGUACAAAAGGAUGCCUUCCACCCCGUCUUACUCCUGGUACAAAAGGGUGCUUUCCACUCCCUCAUUGUCUUCCUGGUACAAAAGGGCACUUUCCUCGCCCUCGUUAUCCUCCUGGUACAAAAAGGUGCCUUCCACCCCAUCUUCCUCCUGGUACAAAAGGGUGCUUUCCACCCCCUCAUUGUCUUCCUGGUACAAAAGGGUGCCUUCCACCCCCUCCUCCUCCUGGUACAAAAGGGUGCCUUCCACCCUCAAAUAAAACAAUCACAACAGCUACAACCACUAUUACUAACAUUAUAAAACCCAUCACCAUCUCAAGAGAAAUCAUCACUUCCACAGAACUCACCACAACAGCAGCCUUCAGUUCUACAGAGCCCACCACUAUAGCAAUCACCCUCACUUCCACUAUACCCACCACUACAGUAACAGCCACCAAUUCCACAGAACCCACUACCAUAGCAACAACUGUCACUGAUACAGAAUCCACCAACACAGCAACUAUCACUUCAACAGAACCUACCACCACAAUAGCAACUAUAACCACUUCCACAGAACCCUACACUACUUUCACAGAAUCUACCACAAAAACCAUCAUUACUUCUACAGAACCCAACACAAUAGAAACCACCACCAUUUCCACAGAGCCCACCAAUAAAACAGCAAGCAUCACAUCCACAGAGCCCUUCAUUGCAGCAAGCACCACUACUUCCACAGAAUCCACUAACACAGUUAACAUCAUCACUACUCCAAAAUCCAUCAGAACAGCAACCAACAGAGCUUCCAAUGAACUCAACACCACAAUAACCGCUGCCACUUCAAAUGAAUCUACUACCACAACAGGAAACACCACAAUGUCCACAGGUUCCACCUCAGCCACCAUCAUUAUUUCCACAGAACCCACUACCACAGCAAUCACUACCACUUCUGCAGAACCUGCGAUUCUAGCUACCAGCACAUCCACAGAAUCCACCACCUCAACAACCAUCACCAGUUCAAUUGAACUUACCACCACAAUAGCAACUCCUGUCUUUUCCACAGAACCCUAUACGACUAUCACAGAAUCCUCCACAACAAGCAUCAUGACUUCCACAGAGCCCACCACAAUAGAAACCACUGCCACUUCCACAGAACCCACCAAUAAAACAGCAACUGUUUCUGCCACAGAGUCCACUACAGCAACCAUCACCACUUCAACUGAACCUACCACUACGACAGCAAACAUUACCACUUCCACAGAACUCUAUGCCACUUCUACAGAAUCCAUCACAGCAGCUGUCACUACUUCCACAGAACCUUCAGCAACAGCAACGAUCACCACUUCCACAGAACCCUAUAUCACUUCCACAGAAUCCACCACAGCAACAGUCAUUACUUCCACAGAACCUACCACAAUAGCAACAACCAUCACUUCCACAGAACCCACCACCACAAUAGCAACCAUCACUUCUGUAGAGCCAACCAUCACAGCAACCACAACCAUUUCAACUGAAACUACCACCACAACAAGAAACACCACAGCUUCCAAGGAAUCUGUCACCACAGCAACAGUCAUCACUUCUUCAGAACCCACAAUCACAACAACCACUGCAACUUCAAGUGAACUGACCACCACCACAGCAACCACCACCAGUUCAACAGAAUUUACACCAACAAAAGCAAUCAUGACUUCCACAGAACCCAUCACCACAGCAACCGUGACCGUUUCAACUGAACCUACAACCAGAACAGCAAACCAGCAAGAAUCUACCACAACAGAACCCACCUCUGCUUCCACAGAACCCUAUACCACUAUCACAGGAUCCAUCACUGCAGCCAUGAUUACAACCAUAGAACCCACUGCAACAGCAACCAUCACUUCCACAGAGACCAUCACCACAGCAACUACCACCAAUUCAACUGAAACUACUACCACAACAGCAACCACCACAACUUCUACAAAACCCAGUAACACCACAGCAACGACCACCAAUUCAACUAAAUCUACACCAGCAAAAGCAACCAUCAUUUCCACAGAGCCCAUCACCACAGCAACUGCCACCACUUCAACUGAACUUACCACCACAACAGGAACCACCACAACUUCCACAGAAAUCAUCACCACAGCAACAACCAUCACCUCUACAGAAUCCACUACUGCUGAACACAUCACCACUUCCACAGAACCCUAUACCACAUCCACAGAAUCCAUCCCAGCAACUACUAUUACUUCCAUAGAACCCACCACAAUAGCAACCAUCACUUCCACAGAGCCCACCGCUAGAGCAACAAGCACUACUUCAACUGAAACUAACACCACAAAAGGAAACACCACAACUUCCAAGGAGCCUGUCCCCACAACUACAAUCAUCUUUUCUUCAAAAUCCACAACCACAGCAACCACUGCCAUGUCAAGUGAACUGACCACCACCACAGCAACCACAACUUCUACAGAAGCCACCAACACCACAGCAACCACCACCACUUCAACUGAACAUACAACCACAACAGCCACCAUCAUCACUUCCAUAGAGCCCACAACCACAAAAGCUAUGACCACUUCAACUAAACCUACAAUGACAGCAACCAUUACUCCCACAGAGCCCACCACCAUAGCAACCAUUAACACUUCAAUUGAACCUACCACCGUAACUGCCACCAUCACCACAUCCACUGAACACUAUACCACUUCCACAGAAUCCACCACAGCCACCAUCAUUAUUUCCACAGAACCCCUUAGAAUAGUAACCACCACCACUCUCACAGAGCCCACCACCACAGAAACCACCACUACUUCCACAGAAUCGCCCAUGACAGCAACCAUCAUCACUACAACUGAACCUACCACUGCAACAGGAACCACCACAACUUUCAAAGACCUCACCACCACAGCAACAUUCAUUACUUCUACAGAAUCUACCACCACAGAACCCAUGACCACUUCCACAGAACCCUAUACUACUUCUACAGAACUUACCACAGGCACCAUCAUUACAUCCACAGAAUCUGCCACAAUAGCAAACACCACCUCUUCCAUGGAGCCAACCACUACAGAAACCACCACUACUUCCACACCCACCACAGCAACUAUCAUCACUACAACAGAACCCACUACAUUAUCAACCACCACCAUUUCCACUGAUAUGACCACCACAGCAAUCACUACUACCUCUUUAAUUGAACCUAUCACAACAAGAACCAACAUAACUUCCACAGAACCCACCACCAUAGCAACAAUCAACACUUCUGCAGAAUCUAUCACCACAGUAACCACCACCAUUUCCACAGAACCCACCACAACAGCAACCAUCACUCCCACAGAGCCCACUACUACAACAGCAAGCACUACUUCCUCAGAAUCCCCCAACAUGGUAGCCAUCAUCACUGCUACACAACCCAGCACAACAGCAAUCAUUACCACUUCCACUGAACCCAUCACCACAGCAACCACCACCACUUCCAUGGAACCCACCACCAGAACAUUAAUAAUUACCACUUCCACAGAACCUUAUACCACUUCUACAGAAUCUACCACAGCAACCACCAUUAUUUCCACAGAGCCCACCACUACAGCAACCACCACUACUUCUGCAGAAUCUCAAACCUCAGCAACAAUCGUCACUACUACAGAACUCACCACCAAAGCAGUCACCACCACUUUCCCUGGACCUACCAUCACAACAGGAACAUUCACAACUUCCACAGGACCCACCACCAGAGCAACCACUACCACUCUAACUGAACCCACCACCACAGAAACCAACACAACUUCUACUGAAGCCACCACCACCACAGAAAUCACCACCAAUUCAACUGAACCUGCCACCACAACAGCAGCCUUCACUUCCACAGAGCCCACCACCACAGCAACCAUCACCACUUUAACCAAACCUACCAAAAUAGGAAACACCACAAUUUUAAGAGGUACCACAAGAGCAACUAUCAUUACUUCUACAGAAUCUACUACCAUAACAACUACCAACACUUCUACAGAACUGACUGCCACAACCACCACCACCACUUUUCUAGAACCCACCAUCACAGCAACCAAGAUUACUUCCACAGAACCCAUCACUACAGCAAUCACCAUCACUGCAACUGAACCUACCACCACGACAGGAACCACCCCUACUUCCACAGGAAACACCACCAGAGCAACCAUCAUUACUUCUACAGAACCUACCACAAUAACAACCACCACCACUUCCAUAGCACCCACCACCAUAAAGGCAAUGAUCACUCCCACAGAACCCAAUGGUACACUAAUCACCACCACUUUAGCUGAAUCUACACCCACAACAGCAACCAUUAUUUCCACAGAGCCUACCACCACUUCAUCUGAACCCACCACAAUUUCCACAGAACCCACUACAACAGCAGCAAUCAUCACUUCUACAGAAUCCACCACCACAGCAACCACUGUCACUUCAACUGAAUCUACCACAACAGCAACCAUCACCACUUUCACAGAACCCACCAGCACAUCAACACCCAUCAGUUCCACUGAACCCACUACCACAGCAACCACCACCAGAACAGCAACCAUUAUCACUUCCACAGAACCCUGUAAUACCACUUCCAUAGACUCUAUCACAGCAACCACCACUACUUCUGCAGAAUCCCACACCACAGCAACAAUCAUCACUAUUACAGAACUCAUCACCACUUCCACUGAACCUACCACCACAACGGGAACCACCACAACUUCCACAGAACACACCACCAGAGAAACACUCAUCACUUCUACAGACUCCACCACCACAGCAACCAGCAAAACUUCUACUGAAGCCAACACCAUCAAUUCAACGGAACCUACCACAACAGCAACAAUCACUACUUCCACAGAACCCUAUACCACUUCCACAGAAUCCACCACAAUAGCAACCACCACCAUUUCCACAGAACCCAUCACCACAACAGCACCCAUCACUUCCACAGAGUUCACCACUACAGCAACCACCACUACCUCUGCAGAACUCCAAACCACAGCAUCGAUCUUUACCAUUGCAGAACUCACCACCAAACCAAUCAGCACUACAUUCACUGAAACUACCACUGCAACAGGAACCACCACACCUUCCACAGAACCCACCACCAGAGCAACAAUCAUCACCUCUACAGAACCCACCACUACAGCAACCACCACCACUGUAACUGAAUCCACCACCACAGCAACCACAACUUCUACUGAAGCCACUGCCACCACAGUAAGCACCACCACUUCAACUAAACCUACACCAACAACAGCAACUGUUGUUUCCACAGAAUCCCCCACCACAGCAACCAUCAUUACUACUACAGAAGCAACCAUGAGUACUUCCACUGAUUCCACCACCACAGCAACUACCAUCAGUAUUUUCACAGAGCUCACUACUGCAACAGAGCCCACCACCACCACAGCAGUAGCAGCCCAUCUCCACAGUACCUACAGCAGCUACAACUCAAAUAUAACCAGCCCUCUAUCCACCAUAGUGCCCAGUACCACUAUCCAUGUUACAGCUCCCAAACUACACCCAUCUGUAUAAAGUUUAAGAGUUCUGGGAAUUAGUUCCUGUUGUUUUUUGGUUGAAGAUGUGAGAAAUUAUUUUCCAAACUUCUCUAGCUCUUAGGAGAAAUGAACUUCAACUAUUUCAGUGGAACCAACCCUGUUCUAACCAGAACACCAAACAAAUAAAGUAUCUAAGCAAUAAUAUGCACCUAAUAUUGUCAUGAUGACUACCACCUUUGAUAUAUUUUAUUACCUACCAAUAGCUAGUAAAAUCAUUUUGUCAGAAGGAAACAGACUCCUUAUGAAAAAAAAAAGGCAUUUAUAAAAAAUCUGCUUGAAGAGAGUGGAAAGGAUUAAAUGAACCAGCAAGGGGUGUUAAGGCAUACAAAGUUUAGCCAAAGUGGAGCUUGUAGUGUGCCUCAGCUUAAUGGGGGCAAAGGAACAAAUAACAAUACCAGAGCCUGAAUCAGGGUUGGGACUGUGGAUGAAAAGCCAACCAAUAGAAUCUGUUGCUGUGAAGGGAUAUAAUUACUGCCCACAGGAGGAAGAGAGCAGUAUAGUACCCCUUCCUCUUUCCUUCUAUUUCUUUGAUCAGUGGACUCUGAUCAAGAUCUGACAGGCAAAGGAGUCCAGGUCAUAGAGUUUAUAUGGUUGUCCUCCCAGGGUAGAGGGCUAAGCAGAGAAGGGUGAAUUGUUCAUGAAGAACUAUCAGCAUAUAGUAGCCUUGUUCAGCAUUUUGAAGCCAAAUAAGUAGGCAAGGAAAAAUGUGAGUUCCUGACUUCCUGCACAGAAUGAGGAAGAGAUGGCAGUAAAAUAAAUUAUAAAAUUGUAUCAACCUUUUAUUGCCUUUCUCUUGGAAAUGCACCUAUCUAUAGGGACAGCUAAGUAGUAAAAAUACAAGUAAUACAGCAUAAUUUUAAAAGAAAUAUAAAAUAAUAAAAUUUAAAUAGAAAUAAUACAUGCAUAAAUAUAUCAAUAUAAAUAUGAAGUAAAUAUAUUUUUUAAAAUUUAACUCUCUUGAGUAUAGGAGCAGAAGCAAUGAAUAUAAAACAUGAAGCAAUACCCUAAUAAACUGAUCAUUUUACCUCCCCUCAAAUAGGUCUCAAAUUAUGUAAUCAUUUUUCAUAAUGAUGGCAUCAUUGAUUUUUGAAGUGAAAAGUCCAUUUUAUCUAUUCUAGUAAAUCUAAAUGUCUAAAUAAGACAUGAGGCAGAGUUUUAUUUAUUUUAUUAAAGUAGAACUAAAAUGAAAUUUGAUUAUAGCAGGAAAUUACUUUUCAGAGGUGCAAGCAACAAAUACGGUUACAGACUUAGUUUGGUGCUCAAUCAACCUAACAAUAUCAGGUAUAC